AUGCUGCUCUUCUGCCCGCAAUGCGCCAACAUCCUCACCGUGUCCCUCACAAACCAGCGCACCAACCGCCUCGAGUGCCGCACCUGUCCGUUUGAGCACACCAUCACCGAGCCCGUCUUCUCGCGCCGCGUAUUUGAGCGCAAGGAAAAGGAGGACGUCUUUGGCGGGCCGGGCGCGUGGGAUAAUGCGCAAAAGGGCCGCGCGCAGUGUCCUGCCGAAGGCUGCGACGGCGACGAGGCCGCAUUUUUCCAGGUGCAGAUUCGAAGUGCGGAUGAACCCAUGACCAGCUUUUUCAAGUGCAUGACUUGUGGGAACCGAUGGAGAGAGAAUUAA